UUCGAAUCUCUCCAUCUGCGCCGUGUGCAGUUCCGAUGUUCGCACCCUCCACUUCCACAUUCUCUAUACCGAAAAAAGGGUAAAUAUAGUCUCCGUCUCCGUCCACCCCCUCCCCCCCUCCUUUUAGGUCACCGCCAAUGCCGUUGCUUCGCUAGGGUUUCUCCGCCCCCUCCUCAUCCUCCUCGUCCUCCUUGUCGGGCAUCGGGGGAUCAAAUUGCUUCGAUUUUUCGUUGUAAUGCGGGAUCUCGAUCCCUAAAUUGGGGUUUUAUUUUGGGGGGCGGCGGGGGGGGGAGCAAUUGAUGGUUUGUGGAUCGAAUUACGUCGUUUGAUGACCUAUCGGGGGGAAUCCGUGGAUGGUGUUGUGGUUUGGGAGUCGAAGAUGGGGACGGGGGAUGGGAAAGGGGACUAUGUUGGGUUGCGGGAAUCGGAGGUGUUGGAGAACGGCGGGUUUGAGGGGUUGGAUUCGCCGUGCGCGCAGCGGAAAUGGGGCUUAAUUCGGUGGUGGGUGAAGGUGAUCUUCUUGUGCCUCUUCUUGUUGGCCGCCGCUGCCGCGUUGCUCUUCUAUGCUGGCCCUGUGAUUAUCAAAACGGUGGUCAUACCAAUUCUGGACUGGCAGAUGACUACUUUUAGCACACCGGUUAUUGGGCUAAUACUUUUUACCUCAAUUGCAUUAUUUCCUGCUCUUUUGGUACCUUCCUCUCCUUGUAUGUGGAUAGCAGGAGUGAGAUUCGGAUAUGGUUACGGCUUUUUGUUGAUUACAGGAGCCAUAAGCAUAGGCAUGUCAUUGCCAUUUUUCAUUGGUUCUCUCUUUCGUCGUAGAAUACAAAGGUGGCUGAAAAAGUGGCCGAAGAAAGCAACUAUUGUUAGACUGGCUGGUGAAGGAGAUUGGUUUCAUCAAUUUAGAGCCGUUGCAUUACUCAGGAUUUCUCCAUUUCCAUAUCUUGUUUUCAACUAUGCUUCAGUGGCUACAAAUGUUGGAUAUGGUCCUUAUAUAUGUGGUUCAAUGGUUGGAACAGUUCACGAAACUUUUAUUACAAUUUACAGUGGGAGAUUGCUUGGUAGCUUGGCGGAUGCAACAAAUCAGGGUGGUUUCCUCUCAUUGCAGCAGAUCAUAUAUGAUAUCAUCGGCUUCAUCAUAGCAGCUGCUGCCACUGCAGCCAUUACUAUCUACGCGAAGAAAACUCUCCAAACGCUCCAAACUGAGGAGGAGGUUAGUUAGUCGCCAUAUUUUCAAGGCUAUAGAUCCUCAGAAUCGUUGAGAAAUUGAUUUGGCAAUUGAAUUUUUUAUGGUUCUGUGGCUUCUGAUUUACGUGAGUUGUGGAGUAAAUGUCCUGUAUGCGGCUGGGGAUUCAGCUUGGUAGUUCCUGGUAACAAAUGCGAAAGAAAAUAGAGGAAUUUUUUUUUUUUUUUCUUGUUCUUCUGUUCUAAACUAAGAAGAAACUGCGGGUUCUUUGUUCAUUGUAUUUAACUAACUAUUCGUUAUUUGUAUAUGCUAUAUAAUGUGUUUUUUCAACGCUGUA